UGAUACUACUAGUCGGUGACAGAUCCUGCCACAGCCUUGAGCUUUUGAGCUCUUCACGUUGUUCCUUCUUUCAUUCAUAUUCCUUGGACCACUACAUUUUCUGCAUUGAUAAAUACCCUUAGUUACUGCCGUCUGAAGCUAGGUGCAGCUGCUGCAGCACAACGACCAAGUUUGUGGACAACCUCCAGCCAUUUGUUUCAUAUGCCACGGCCUCACCCUUUACUCUCCUUUGAGGUAGAUACCUCGGGACAAGACACUUCCCUCAAACACGAGGAUUUUGAUUCGGAGGUUCAAAGAACUUGGUAUCAUUACCUGCCACUAUGUUUGCUACUUGUCCUCAUGUUGGCUCCCCAUCCUUCGUUGCUCAUCAUUCUCACAAACCACUAUCUUUUCACAUUGGACAAGACCGUCGCCUUCAUUAUCCAUUUCUUGAUACUUUAUACCCUUGAAUUCUUCGCCUUUGCUUCCUUGAUGGUUUGCGUAGUUCGUGAUCCCGGUCCAGUAUACUUUAACGCUUCCGACCAGGAUUCUACCCAACAGCGUGAAGAUAUGGGCCUCACGGAAGCUUUGAUGACCAUGGGGAAUGCCGACGACGAAUGUAGUCCUGACAAGUUUUGUCGGAAAUGUUGGGUACCCAAACCGGAGCGCGCACACCAUUGCAGCAUCUGUGGUCGUUGUGUGUUGAAGAUGGAUCAUCAUUGUCCUUGGCUUGGAGCUAAAUGUAUCGGUUAUAGAACAUACCCAGCAUUUGUUCACUUCUUGACCUGCAUCACCGCUUUCUCCGCAUAUAUUGCUACCAUAUCUAUUUCCGCAUUCUGGUGGUCUUUUAAUAACCCACUUCGGGUUCCAGACCAGGCCACCCCCGUUCAUGAAUUGUUACUCGCUGCUGCUGGCGUAAUAUUUACUCUGGUUGUCGGUUCCUUCUGGGUAUACCACAUCUACCUCAUCACCACUAACCAAACUACUGUCGAAGCCCUGUCACCAUUCUUGUUAUUGAGAUAUAUUCCUGCGUUGCCCGCGUCCAUGAAGUUGUCUGAUCCUCCAAUGGAGGAAGAGUUAUCAUACAACCAACGCAGAGUGGUCCGUGAGGCACAUAGGUUCGUACGCAUGUACGAUGUCGGGUGGCGAAGGAACUGGGCGCAAGUUUUCGGAUGGAGCAAGCCGCGGGGGUGGAUUAUUCUUCUUAUUAUUGGCGGCUCUGGGAAUGGUGAUGGGCGGUCGUUUCCACGUAAUCCACGCUCGCAGGAGAUGCUGUCGCAGCUCGCGGCCCGCCUCGAGAAGGAGGCUUGAAAUAGAAUUGCUGGGCGCCUCGGUAUAUAUGAUGCUUAAUGUUAUUACAACCUGAUGUACUUCCGUGAGAAUGGAAGUACAGUAAGCAGACAAGUGUUCGUGGACGUUAUUUAAUGCUGGAUUAACGCGCUGCAGAAUAAAUCAACUUCGGCACGAAAACCUGGAUUAUGAUCUGUCCAAAAAACUUCGGCCGAGUCUGUAUUCUGCAGGUGAUACCCUUCCUUGAUAUAUCUACACAUUUCUACCUGGAAGUUAAGGUCCUCUUUCAAGCCUUUUACUGAGGUGCCUAUUACACUUAUGUAAGCCAUAUUUCAGCUUGUGUCGCUGUUGGACAAUUCUGCGCCUCACACGUUAU